GGCCCCGCCCCAUGCUAUUUCACGGAAGUGACCCUCAGGGAAACUGUAGCUGGAGUUUUCCCUCAGAGCCAUGGCGGAAGUGGCCUCGGCCGCCCUUUCUUGACGAGGCCUGUGGAGCCUGAGCGUGGGCUGGGCCCCGGGCUCUCUCCUGAGGGGAAAGGGCCUUCUCCCCGCUCGAGGCCAUGGAAGGCGAAGCAGCCCCGCCCCAGGACCCGCAGGUCAGCAUUGCCUCCAGUUCAGACCUUACAAAGCGCGUCCUCCAGUUUGUGGAAGAUAGAAUGCAGACCACUAUGUUAACUGGAAUGGUGAUCGGGGCAGCCGUGGCCUUACUGCUCAUCGGGAUCGUGGUGUAUGUUGUUUAUAGGAAGGUGAAGGCUUCCAAGCAACCUCAGCCACAAGCGCCUCAGUACAGGUUCCGCAAGAGAGACAAAGUUAUGUUCUACGGCCGCAAGAUCAUGCGAAAGGUCACGACUCUGCCAAAUUCCCUGGUUGGAAACACAGUCCCGCGGCAACGGAUGCGGAAGAGAGCCAAAGUCUUGUCCUUGGCAAAAAGAAUCCUGCGUUUCAAGAAAGAGUCGCCCACGUUGCAGCCCAAGGAGCCGCCUCCGUCUCUGCUUGAGGCCGACCUCACGGAGUUCGACGUGAAGAACUCCCACUUGCCCUCGGAAGUCCUUUACAUGCUCAAAAACGUCAGGGUCCUUGGCCACUUCGAGAAGCCCCUUUUCCUGGAGCUCUGUAAACACAUGGUCUUUGUGCAGCUGCACGAAGGGGAGUAUAUCUUCCGACCUGGGCAGCUGGACAACAGCAUCUACGUGGUGCAGGAUGGAAAACUGGAAGUCUGCAUCCAGGAGAGUGAUGGCACAGAAGUCGUGGUGAAAGAGGUCUUGGCGGGAGACAGCGUCCACAGCCUCCUCAGCAUUCUGGAUGUCAUCACGGGUCACCCGGCGCCUUACAAGACCGUCUCUGCGCGAGCAGGAAUGCCUUCCACGAUCCUCCGGCUCCCGGCCAACGCAUUUCACGAUGUCUUCCAGAAAUAUCCUGAAACGCUUGUGAGAGUCGUGCAGAUCAUCAUGGUGAGACUCCAAAGAGUGACCUUCCUCGCUUUGCACAACUACCUGGGCUUGACCACUGAGCUCUUCAGUUCUGAGAGCCAGGCCAUCCCAUUGGUGUCCGUCGCGAGCGUCACGUCUGGCGGGAACACCAACAAAGCGGUGAAGCGACAACUGUCCAAUCUGUCGGAAGAGGACCGGACGGAGAAGCUGGAGAAACAAGGGACUCUCUCAGAGCCUGAUACAGGACGAUCUCCUGGGUCGGAAACUCCACUCCGAAGAAGUUCAUCUUUGACCUCUUCUUCUGGAUACACUGAUAUGUCCGGAACCCUGGCCGGGGCUAAAGCCGACUUGGACAUGGCCUACGAGAGAGCCAGGGUCGCCUCCACCUCCUCCUCUGCCGAGGUGCUUUCGAGUCCAGCUACAUGCAAGUCCAUCUUGAAGAAGACGGUGACGGUGACGGAGAUGCCCUCGGCGGUCUUCCACUACAUGCAGGACAACCUCUCCGUCCAGGAGCCCUCGACCAACAAGCACGUCGAUGCCAUCUUUGAAGCGGCAAAGAAGGAUCUCUUGACGUUGAUGAAGCUGGAUGACCCCCUUCUCUUAAAUGGGAAAGUCACUUUGCACCAGGUGACGGCUGGGACGGUGGUGUCAAGGCAAGGCGACCAGGAUGUCAACAUCCGCUUUGUCAUCUCAGGGAUGCUCCACGUCUACCAGCGGAAGAUUGACUCCGAGGAGGAGACCUGCCUGUUCAUCACCCACCCGGGAGAGCUCGUGGGUCAGCUGGCCGCCUUGACCGGGGAGCCCCUGAUGUUCACCAUCAAGGCCAACCGCGACUGCAGCUUCCUGGCCAUCUCCAAGUCACACUUUUACGAGAUCAUGCGGGAGCAGCCCACCGUGGUCUUGGGGGUGGCCCACACGGUGGUGAAGCGCAUGUCGUCUUUUGUGAGGCAGAUCGACUUUGCUCUGGACUGGAUGGAGGUGGAAGCCGGGCGGGCCGUUUACAGGCAGGGAGACAACUCCGACUGCACCUACAUCGUGCUGAACGGGCGGCUCCGCUCUGUCAUCCGGAUGGACGACGGCAAGAAGCAACUGACAGGCGAAUACGGCCGCGGGGAUCUCAUUGGCGUGGUCGAAGCUUUGACUCACCAGCCCAGAGCCACAACAGUGCAUGCCGUCCGCGAUUCGGAGUUGGCCAAGCUUCCCGAAGGUGCAUUGACCUCCAUCAAGCGCAAGUUCCCGCAGGUUGUGACUCGGCUGAUCCAUUUGCUGGGCGAGAAGAUCCUUGGCAGCCUUCAGCAAGGAGCUCACCCACUCGGUCUGCACACAGCGAGCAGCAAAUGGGACGCCAGCAACCCGGCCAGCAACCUCUCCACCGUGGCCAUCAUGCCCGUGUCGGAGGACGUGCCUCUGGCCACCUUCACCUUGGAGCUCAAGCACGCCCUCUGCGCCAUUGGCCCCACUCUGCUGCUCACCAGCGACAACAUCAAGCAGCAACUUGGCUCUGCGGCUUUGGACAGCAUCCACGAGUACCGGCUGUCCAGCUGGUUGGGCCAGCAGGAGGACAUGCACCGCAUUGUGCUCUACCAGUCGGACGGCACCCUGACGCCCUGGACCCAGCGCUGCAUCCGACAGGCCGACUGCAUCUUGAUCGUCGGCCUGGGAGAACAGGAGCCGACCGUCGGAGAGCUGGAGCGGAUGCUGGAGAACACGGCGGUCCGGGCCCAGAAGCAGCUGAUCCUGUUACACCGAGAGGACGGGCCCCUUCCUUGCCGGACCGUGGAAUGGCUCAACAUGAGGAGCUGGUGCUCGGCUCACCUCCACCUCCGCUGCCCUCGGCGGGUCUUCUCCCGGCGGAGCCUCCCCAAACUGAAAGAGCUGUAUGAACGGGUGUUUCAGAAGCCUCCGGACAGACACUCGGACUUUUCCCGGCUGGCCCGCGUGUUGACCGGGAACGCUGUUGCGUUGGUGCUUGGCGGAGGUGGAGCUCGUGGAUGUUCCCAAGUGGGCGUCAUCCGGGCCUUGAACGAAGUGGGCAUCCCCGUGGACAUGAUUGGCGGCACCUCCAUCGGGUCCUUCAUGGGGGCCCUGUACGCCGAAGAGCGCAGCUACACCCAGAUGCGGAUCAAGGCCCGGCAGUGGGCAAUGAACAUGAAUUCCGUCUUCAAAACGGUCCUCGACCUGACCUACCCCAUCACCUCCAUGUUCUCCGGGGCCUCCUUUAACAACAGCGUCUGCGACAUCUUCAAAGACAAACAGAUUGAGGAUCUGUGGAUCCCUUACUUCAUCAUCACGACAGACAUCACCGCCUCGGCCAUGAGAGUCCACACAGAUGGAUGCUUAUGGCGGUACAUCCGGGCCAGCAUGUCCCUUUCCGGCUACUUGCCCCCGCUCUGCGACCCAAAGGACGGGCACCUCUUGAUGGAUGGCGGGUACAUCAACAACCUGCCAGCCGACGUUGCGAGGUCCAUGGGGGCCAAAGUGGUCAUCGCCAUUGAUGUGGGCAGCCGCGACGAGACCAACCUCACCAACUAUGGGGACGCCCUCUCCGGAUGGUGGUUGUUAUGGAAGCGGUGGAACCCCUUGGUGGAGAAAGUCAAGGUCCUGAACAUGGCGGAGAUCCAGACCCGGCUGGCCUACGUCUGCUGCGUCCGGCAGUUGGAGAUGGUCAAGAACAGCGACUACUGCGAGUACAUCCGGCCGCCCAUCGACCGCUACGGCACCCUGGACUUUGGGAAGUUUGAUGAAAUCUGUGAAGUGGGAUAUCAACACGGAAAGACCGUGUUCAACGUCUGGUGCCGGAGCGGCGUCCUGGACAAGAUGCUGAAGGACAGGCAGGAGCUCUGUAAAUCCAAAACCUCAUCUCCCAUGACCUGCCCCACAACCUCCUUCACAGACUUAGCCGAAAUCGUCUCCCGGAUUGAACCAGUCAAGCCCGUUGUUGUGGACGAUGAAUCUGACUAUCAGACGGAGUACGAGGAGGAGCUCCUCGGCAGCCAUAAAGACGACUAUGCGGAUUUUCUGAGCAACCAGACGGGAGAGGACUCCGACUCUCAGGAUCCAGAGGUCCGGCUCCGGAAGCAUGCCGCCGCCAACAACCGGGACAGUGAGCCAACGGCAUGACGGAGCCGCACAAAAGUGCUUUGGGACUCUGAAAUGCGCCUUUUUGCAUCCCUGCCAUUACAAUCGUCCCUGGUCUCGAGACGCAACGGUGUCUUUUCCUUUCUUAUCGCCUCGAGCCAGGCUUGGCAAGAAGAAGCAAGCGAGUCGGGACAAGGUGGUCUCGUACAAGCCAUUUUUGUUUGGUUGGUGGUUUUUUGGAGGCCUUUUUGUGGCUCCCUGAACCUCCCAGGGGUCAAAAAUAUUCCCUAGCGGGCACGGAGAAAACACCUCUAUGAAUUCACCCUUCUCCUGACCGUUAUUCGGUCCAAAGAAGGCCUUUUCUUAACCCAGAAGUGACUUCUGGUUACUUGUUGUUAAAAUGGCUUAGAAGGACUGAAAAACAUGGCAAGAUUUGCCCACCUAA